AUGUGUAUUAGGCAGCUCUCGCUGCUCCUUCCCCUCACAGUUGCACUCAUCGCCACUCCCGUUUGCUCGACAGCUGGCACUCCGCGGCGGCAGUUGCGGAAGGCGCAGCCAGCAGUGACACCAAACGCCACGCUCGUCCUGCUUGCGAACAACACGUUCGGCGCUAAAUGCCUCGACGGAAGUCCCCCCGGGUACUACUUCCGCCCAGGCGCGGCAACGGGCCGUCUCCGGUGGCACAUCUACCUGCCCGGAGGCGCGUGGUGCGUCACCCCCGCCGACUGCGCCGCCAGAGCCGGCACGCGCCUGGGGUCAAGCAAGAGCUUCCCCGCCAACCCCGCGCACUAUGCGGCGCAGCUGAGGCCGCCGUUCGAGGGCAUUCUGUCGGGCAGCGCGCAGCAGAACCCCGCGAUGUACCAGUGGAACCUCGUGCGCCUCAUCUACUGCGAUGGGGGCGGGUACGCCGGCACCAGGGGUGCGCUCAACGUCUCUGCUGCUGCUGCUGUCCCUCCGAACGCAAGCGCCGCUGCCAACUCAACGAGCCCUUCCAAUUCCACCAAGUCAACCAAGUCAACCGGGUCAACGAAGUCAUCCGCAUCCACGACGUCAGCCAUUUACCUGGACGGGUGGAACAUCAUUCAGGCCGUGAUUCAAGACACACGUGACCGCGCUAUGAACUACACCUUUCGCUCGCUGGCUCAGAACCUCACCGCACUGCAUCGCCCCUCCAACCCCACCUGCCCCUAUGGUACCUCAUCUGCUCCCAUGCUACCUCAUCUGCUCCCAUGCUACCUCAUCUGCCCCCAUGCUACCUCAUCUGCCCCCAUGCUACCUCAUCUGCCCCCAUGCUACCUCAUCUGCCCCCAUGCUACCUCAUCUGCCCCCAUGCUACCUCAUCUGCCCCCAUGCUACCUCAUCUGCCCCCAUGCUACCUCAUCUGCCCCCAUGCUACCUCAUCUGCUCCCAUGCUACCUCAUCUGCCCCCAUGCUACCUCAUCUGCCCCCAUGCUACCUCAUCUGCCCCCAUGCUACCUCAUCUGCCCCCAUGCUACCUCAUCUGCCCCCAUGCUACCUCAUCUGCCCCCAUGCUACCUCAUCUGCCCCCAUGCUACCUCAUCUGCCCCCAUGCUACCUCAUCUGCCCCCAUGCUACCUCAUCUGCCCCCAUGCUACCUCAUCUGCCCCCAUGCUACCUCAUCUGCCCCCAUGCUACCUCAUCUGCCCCCAUGCUACCUCAUCUGCCCCCAUGCUACCUCAUCUGCCCCCAUGCUACCUCAUCUGCCCCCAUGCUACCUCAUCUGCCCCCAUGCUACCUCAUCUGCCCCCAUGCUACCUCAUCUGCCCCCAUGCUACCUCAUCUGCCCCCAUGCUACCUCAUCUGCCCCCAUGCUACCUCAUCUGCCCCCAUGCUACCUCAUCUGCCCCCAUGCUACCUCAUCUGCCCCCAUGCUACCUCAUCUGCCCCCAUGCUACCUCAUCUGCCCCCAUGCUACCUCAUCUGCCCCCAUGCUACCUCAUCUGCCCCCAUGCUACCUCAUCUGCCCCCAUGCUACCUCAUCUGCCCCCAUGCUACCUCACCUGCCCAGACCCCCCUGCCUCGCCCCCUUCUCCCCCCUCCCCCAACACAGCAGCGAGGCCGGCACAGCAGUGGCGGUGCUUCUUCCCGCAGUACACUCUUCACAACACCUCCACACCGCUCUUCCUCUUCCACACGCCCUUUGACUAUGUAGCAGCCAUGAUUGCAUUGUGCUUCAGAAUGUGUCCAUCAUAG